UACAUUAGGUUUUCCUUUCUUAGUUGUACACUCUGCAUUAAUGCCGCUUCAUAAAUACACCAAGUGGUGAAUUGUAAACCGUAUUACACGCGUGUUAAAAAAACAGUUAAGAUAUAAUUGGCACUGCGUUUUUUUAAUGUUAUUUCUACUUCUGAAGGAGUGGCUAGAGAGGGGAGGGGUGAAUCGGUGGCAGAAAUGUGUAGGGCGUAUAUAAGGAAGUUAAAAUAGACGGGGAAUAAAAGAACAGUGUCUUCACUUGAGCCGAACAGGAUUUACCACUUUCAAAAAUGCCCGCAAAGAAAGUCUGCAUCGUGGGAUCUGGAAACUGGGGCUCUUCGAUUGCCAAAAUAAUCGGGCACAAUGUCAAAGCAUCCAACCGGUUCGACCCAAUGGUGAACAUGUGGGUUUAUGAAGAGAUGAUUGAUGGGAAGAAGCUCACAGAGAUCAUUAAUACGGAGCACCAAAAUGUCAAAUAUCUACCAGGUCACAAGCUGCCCAGGAACGUGGUCGCUGUUCCAGACAUCACAGAAGCUGUCAAAGGCGCAACAAUCCUCGUCUUUGUAAUCCCACACCAGUUCAUCAGCAAACUCUGUGAUCAAAUGAAACCUCACAUCGUGGAGGGAACCAUCGGGAUAUCGCUCAUCAAAGGAAUCGACGAGGGACCAGAUGGACUAAAGCUUAUCUCAGACAUCAUCCGGGAGAAGCUAGAGAUUGAGGUCAGCGUCCUGAUGGGGGCCAACAUCGCCAGCGAGGUGGCAGAUGAGAAGUUCUGUGAAACCACCAUCGGGGCAAAAAAUGAAGCAAACGGCCUCAUCUUCAAAGAGCUGCUUCAGACUCCCAACUUCCGCAUCAAUGUCGUACGGGAGUGUGACACAGUGGAGCUGUGUGGAGCUCUAAAGAAUAUUGUGGCUGUAGGUGCUGGGUUCUGUGACGGCCUCGGUUUCGGCGACAACACCAAGGCGGCCGUGAUCAGGCUGGGUCUGAUGGAGAUGAUCGCCUUCGCCAAGUUGUUCUGCAAAGGCCAGGUGAGCUCCCCCACCUUCCUGGAAAGCUGUGGCGUGGCCGACCUCAUCACCACCUGCUACGGCGGACGAAACCGCAAAGUCGCCGAGGCCUUUGUCAAAACGUCCAAGUCUAUUGUUGAGCUGGAGACAGAAAUGCUCAACGGUCAGAAGCUGCAGGGCCCACAGACCUCAGCCGAGGUCUACAAGCUCCUACAAAAGAAGAACAUGGUCAACAAGUUUCCAUUGUUUUCUGCCGUCUACCUGAUCUGCUUUGAGGGCAAAGAAGUAAAGGAGUUCAUCACCUGUCUGCAGAACCACCCAGAGCACAUGUGAUGGGUCUGCUAGCGUGUCCACUGCCACUCCUUCAAUAGCAAUUUACUACCACUAGAGGGUGAAAGAGAUUCAUCAGAUAGAAACGCACAAUACAACAAAGGGCACUUUUACCUGAGAUUUUCAUUGGUGACAUUUCAUAAUGGAGAUGUUGAUUUUGCGCUUAUUUUGUAUAAUGUUCUUUAAUAUUAAUUUGUCUGGGAGUGGCAGGUAUUUAAAAUAUCUUUUUUAAGCCACUUUUAUUACCAAAAAAAAUUCAUUUUGUAUGGGGAUACAUAAAUGCAACACUGUUUUCCUUAUUUACUUUUCACUACAUGACAGUUUACAAUCUUAAAAUUGAAACUAAGGACAGUCGUGUUUUUUUUUUUUUUUUUUUU